GGAAGACCAAGGGCAAAAGUAUCAUGGGAGAAAAAUGGUUCUCCAAUAGACAAGAACGAAAUCAACAUCCGCAACACUGAGAAUGACACCAUCAUCUUUAUCCGAAAGGCAGAAAGGUGCCACUCUGGAGAAUACGACAUGAAAGUGGAAGUAGAGAACUUGGUGGACAAAGCUACGAUAGAUAUUCAGAUUGUUGAUCGCCCAGGCCCACCAGAGAUUGUAACUAUUGAUGAUGUCUGGGGAGAAAAUGUAAAUUUAUCAUGGAAGCCACCAAAAGAUGAUGGCAAUGCUGCCAUUACUGGCUACACUAUUCAGAAAGCAGAUAAGAAGAGUAUGGAAUGGUUCACAGUAAUGGAGCACUACCACCGCACCAGUGCCACCAUUAAUGAGCUCAUCAUAGGAAAUGAGUACUACUUCCGUGUCUUCGCUGAGAACAUGUGCGGCCUCAGUGAGAAUGCAACGAUGACCAAAGAGAGCGCUUUGAUUGCAAAGGAUGGUAAGGUCUACAAAUACCCAGUUUACGAUGAUUUUGACUUCACUGAACGACCGAUGUUUACUCAGCCUCUAGUCAACACGUUUGCUGUAGCUGGUUACAAUGCUACUUUGAACUGCAGUGUUCGGGGCAACCCCAAGCCCAAAAUAACCUGGCUGAAAAACAAAGUAAUUAUAAUGAAUGACCCAAGGUACCGAAUGUUCAGCAACCAAGGUGUCUGUACCUUGGAGAUCCGCAAACCCAGUCCCUAUGACGGAGGUACUUAUACCUGCCGAGCAGUCAAUACACUUGGAGAAGCAGAAGUUGAUUGCAAACUGGAAGUAAAAGUUACACAGUAAGGAUUUUUGAAUGUAUAUUGUCAUCUAAGGUGGGCUUUCGUUCUUCAGACUACUGAUGGAUGGCGUGCCUCCGCAUAUCAUUGAUUCAUACAUGCGUGAAGUACAGGCAGACAAAACUGAGGGGAAGUGAGAGUCCGUCCACAGUGUUUCCCCCCCCACUGCACUGGAAAUUGGUAGCAGAAUUACAGCAUUUUAGUUCUUGCAAUCACAGAACAAAGGUGUGGUUGGGGAAUUUCUUUCUUUUUUUUUUUCCUUAUCUGUUGUUUUUGUUUUCCCUACCUGCUCUUACUGAAAAGAACGAAUACGCAUGGAUUGCUUUGGGUUGAAUUGAAAUGAACUGAAGACAACAAGCGUUUUGUAACGUUCAGCUUUAUUUUCUG